GGAGGAGGAUGAGCGGGAGGAGGGGAAGGGGUUGGGGAACGGCCGGGCAGGGGGACUCGGAGGCCGUGAGCCGUGGAUGAGGAUGGAGGGAGACGGUGAAGGAGGAGGUGGAGGAGGAGGAGGUGAGGGAGGAGGAGGUGGAGGAGGAGGAGGUGAGAGAGGAGGCGGCGAGGCUGCCCCGUCCCAGUGGCUCCGCUUCACCGCCGGGGGUCUCCGCUCGUUCAGCCACCUGCUGCAGCAUGAGCCGGGGGCUCGGAGCGACGUGCGGAGGUUUCUGGACGAGCUGGGCGAUGAGGAAUUCUCCUCCCACUCCUCCCACUCCUCCUGCUGCUGCUGCUGCCGCUCCUGCUCAGCCACCUCCGACUCAGGCGCGGCUACCGCAUCCCGUGCCACCGCUGCCACCGGAACCCGAGCCACCGGAACCCGAGCCACCGGAACCCGGGCCACCGGAACCCGCGCCACCGGAACCCGGGCCACCGGAACCCUUGCCACCGGAACCCGGGCCACCGGAACCCGAGCCACCGGAACCCGUGCCACCGGAACCCUCGCCGCGGCGCCGGAGGAGCCCCUGGCGGCCGUCGUCCGCUGCCUGCGGCAGGCGUGCCCCGGGUCGACGGUCCGAGACUCGGACCUCCGCCGGCUGCUGCCGUCGGAGUCCGGCGAGGCGGAGGACGGAAACGGCGGCGGCCGCGACUCCGACCUCUGCCUCCCCGUGUCGCCGGGAUCGGCGGGAUCGGCGAGAUCGCCGGGAUCGCCGGGAUCGGCGAGAUCGCCGGGAUCGGCGAGAUCGCCGGGAUCGCCGGGAUCGGCGGGAUCGGCGGCGGCGGCGGCGCCGGGGAUGUCGGCGGAGCGUCCGCGGCGCCCGCACUUGCUGAGGCCCAGGUCCCGGACGGCGUCGCGUGGCGAGGAGGGCGGCCGUGGCGGCGGUGGCCGCAAGGCGACCUCCGGCCACUACGGCUAUCGGCCACCCUCACGGUUUGUGGCGAUGCCAUGGGGCAACGGAGCGAGGCCACCGACGCCCAACUCGUCCUGUUGA